AUGGCUCAGAAUGGGAGAGAAGCAGUGAUGGCCAACUCCACGAGUGAUUCAAAGAUGAGAAAACUCAUUGAAGAUCUGACAAAAGGCCUGAAAGAACUCUGUAGGAGCCCCAAAGAUGAGAAGAGCGAGAAGGCGUUGCUAUAUUCACACCUAGAACAACAGCACCACCUUAUCUGUAUGUUGAAGAAAAAAGCAGAGGAUGCAUACAAACACUGCAAAGGCCUGGAGCAACAAAACAUGGAGCUGGAGAAACUGAGGACAGAGGACGCAGUGAAGAUGAAAGCCCAGACCAAGCAGAUCCAGUGUUUGGAGUGGCGCUUCAAGGAUCUGGCUGACAACCAUGAAAAAAUGAUCCAGUUCAAGGAUGAACACCGGGAACGGAACAUGCAGCUGCAGGAGGAGAACGAGCGCCUGCGGCAGAAGAAUGAAGUGCUCUUCGGCCAGGCUAUGAAGGAGAAGGAAGCUGAAGUGCUCCAGCUUGCUACCCAGGCCAGGAAGCUCUCGGAGCAGUUAGACUCCUUACAGGAGAAAUGCGCUUACGAGACCUGCAGAGCGCAGGAGCGGGAAGAGGAGCUGCUGGAAGCUCAGAGCCAGCAAGCCAGCGCCUAUGCCUGGGAGGUUGAUUCCUUGAAGAGCCAGCUGCAGUGCCUACAGGAGCAGCACCAACAAACCCUGGCGAAGGCAGAGCACGUGGAAAGCCAGCAGAAAGCCCAGGACAGCGAGCUGCGGGCCAGGCUGCAGAGGGCCAAAGAGGAGAAAAAGCAGCUACUGAACCUGGCCAUGGAGAGGGGCAAAGCUCUGCAGGACAAGCAACAGGAAAUUCAGCAGCUGUGGAAGAAGCUGGAGACGGCAGAAAAAGCCAAGCAGAAAGCAGGAAAGCGUGUGGUGAAAGAGGCGGCAGCAGCAGACAGCAAGCUGAAGGUGCAGGAGCUCCAGCGAGAGCUGGAAAGCAGCAGGCAGGCGUACGAUGAACUCGCGCUGCAGUUCGAUGCUUACAGGAAGCACAGUGAGGAUUUACUGACGAAAGAGAAAGCGCUGAACGUAAAACUCCGUCAUUUCGUUGUGUAA